AAUUCAGAGACAACACACUGUGACUGAGCUAGCAAUGGCACUUCAGCAGACUAAUUUCUCCAUUGAUGAUCCUAUGAAAUAUGAUGAUGAUGGUCUCAUCAGGAGGACUGGAACAUGGGUGACUGCAAGUGCACACAUAGUGACUGCUGUGAUUGGAUCUGGAGUGCUGUCAUUGGCAUGGGCAGUGGCUCAAUUGGGAUGGAUUGUAGGGACUAUUGUUCUCUUACUCUUCUCUCUCAUCACUCUCAUAACUUCUUGUAUGCUUGCUAAUUGCUAUAGGUACCCUGAUCGUAUUCAUGGAAUCAGAAAUCCUACCUACAUGACCAUGGUCAAAAGUAUUCUAGGAGGAGUUCAAUCCAAGUAUUGUGCAUUGGCUCAGUACACAAAUCUUGUGGGUGUAACCAUUGGCUUCACUAUCACAGGAUCCAUUAGCAUGGUGGCCAUAAAAAAAGCCAACUGCUUUCAUAAGUAUGGUCAUGAAGCAGAUUGCAGUACAUCUAGCUAUCAAUUUAUGGCCAUCUUUGGAAUCUCUCAGAUUGUAUUAAGCCAAAUCCCAAAUUUCCAUAAACUUUCAUGGCUCUCUAUUAUUGCUGCUAUCAUGUCUUUUGGUUAUGCUUCCAUAGGCAUUGGUCUCUCCAUAGCAAAAAUUAUAGGAGGAGACCACCAUGUCAAAACAGGCCUUACAGGGCUUGUUGUUGGAGUUGAUGUGACACAAACAGAGAAGCUGUGGAAUACCUUCCAAGCAAUUGGAAACAUAGCUUUUGCAUAUUGUUUCAGUAUGGUUAUUGUUGAGAUACAGGACACAUUGAAAUCAAGCCCACCUGAAAAUCAAGUCAUGAAGAAAUCAUCUUCUAUUGGAAUUGCUAUCACCACAUUCUUUUAUUCAUUAUGUGGUCUUCUAGGCUAUGCAGCAUUUGGGAACAAUGCACCUGGAAAUUUCUUAACUGGAUUUGGUUUUUAUGAACCAUAUUGGCUAGUUGACAUUGGUAACAUUUUCAUCAUUAUUCAUUUGGUGGGAGCUUAUCAGGUAUAUGCACAGCCUUUAUAUUCAGCUGUGGAAAAUUUAGGUAGUAAGCAAUGGCCACAAAGCAAAUUCAUGACAAAAGAAUAUCAUAUAAGAAUUCCAUGUGUUGGCAUAUGGAGAAUUAAUAUGUUCAAGUUAAUAUGGAGGACAAUCUAUGUGAUAAUCAUAACAUUGAUUGCUAUGAUAUUUCCAUUCUUCAACAAUGUUGUGGGUUUGCUAGGAGCAAUAUCAUUCUUUCCAUUGACAGUGUACUUUCCAACAGAGAUGUAUCUAAAACAAACUAAAGCGGCCAAAUAUUCUCCUGCAUGGCUUGGACUGAAAAUGUUAAGUGUGUUUUGUUUGAUGGUCAGUCUUGUUGCUGCAGUUGGGUCAGUUGAAGGAAUCAUCUCAGAUCUCAAGACCUAUAAGCUAUUCAAGCCUAAUUAAUACCUUGCUUCUACUAUUUGUUAAAUAAAUAA